CAAUAAAAAACUUCGCCCACAUAAGGCUAGUGAAUAAGAAAAACUCGCUUUAAGUCGAGUGCCAAUAAAAAAUCGCUAGAUUAAUUAAAAAAGCUCAUAUGCCAACGGAAAUCAGCAUCCACUGAAUGGCUAAUAACUAUCACUAACACACGUCCCCAGCUUGCUACUUGUUCCGUCCAAAAAAAAAAAAUUCAUGCCACAUCCAAUGUGACCACACAACACAACAACAAGUAAAUUCAAAGUGAUUUCUGUUCGUUGUAGUUAUAUAGUGGAAGGCCAGGAAGGAUGAAUAGAAACCUUGCUGCAGUGGCCACAGUUCUGGUUCUUCUUUUAUCGCUAGUGAUCCAGAAUUCAGCUUAUAUAACACUUAUAGAGAGACGACUCAAACUUUGUAGAAGCGGCUCACGGGAAGAUGACAGCAGAGUUCGAAGGUGGGGUUGGUGGGGCCCGAAUUCACCACUUCAGCGACAAUGUGACAGCUAUCGGGCUAUUCUCUGCAAAGGCCACAUAGCUCCAGGUCUAGAAGGAAAAGCUCCUAUCAAUCCUACAUCACUUCCAUCAGAUUCUCCAAUUCCGCCCUCGCUGCCUUCAAAUCUACCCUCGCUGCCUCCCCUUCCACCCUCGCCUUCUCAACUUCCACCCUCGCUGCCUCCCGCUGAAGCUCUUCCAAAGUCGAGAAAGAAAAGGAAGGAAUUCGAGACUGUUAAUAACGUCGUCAAAGAGUAAAAGAUCUUCCUCCCCAAAGAAACAGAGACGCCAUGAAGCGGACAUAGUUCAAUGAACUUAAAAAUGAUUCUGAUAAUGUUACUCACUUAGGAAAAAUAAAAUAGAAUGUAUUAAAAUGCCAGUAAUGAAA